AUGUCCCAUCGCGAAGAAGUUUGUUUUGACAGUGAUGCCUCCAUGAGCAGUGGGUCUAGUAGAUAUGGAGACGAUGGAUGUGUCCUCCAAGGCAACAACGACAAGCUUGGAUAUGGCGCAACAGACGAUGCCGUUCUGACUGCAGAUGAUCUGGGAUACGGUGGUGAAGAGGAAGAGCUGCCUGGCCUGGAGGUGCUUGGCUAUGGAGAGGAGACGCAGGCACAAAGAAAGGUUGGAUCGGGCGGUGGAGUGAAAGCGUCUCAGCGACUGACAGUCCAAAAGAGGCAAAGCAUCUUUGAUGAUCAUUCGUCUCAUUCCGACCUUUCCAUGUUCGACGACAGUUCGGUAGACUACAGCUCUGAGGAGGAAGAAGAUGACGACGAGAAAGAGGAUUUGGUGCACGACCUGUGUGAUUGCUGCACUCGCCACAGCCACAGUUCAAUCAGGUCUUGCAGCAUUUCGUUCUCUCACGACAACUUGACUAAAGCCGAGAGUGCACUCAAACCCAGCCGUGUCGACUUGCAAUACGACGCAGCAUCCCAUAGUGAAGGCCAGACACCACGCCGAAUCUCCCUACAGUUUUCGCAGCAAUCUGAGGACAGGGGCGUCGCAAGAUCGAGAUCUGGGUGUUUGGGCGUCUCCAUGGGGACCUCACGCCUGAAGCGAGGAGUUUCGGAAGAACAGGAUCUACAUGGGACUUUGAUGACGUCCAACAGCUUUAGUGGGAGACCAGUGCGGCGAACAACGAUGGAUCACAGUUACCGAUACCAGUCGUCUCCUUCGGAGAGGACUCCUACAAGAGGAAUCACCAAGAACGUGUCCUCGAGGCCCUCUCGCAGUGCGUCCAUGGCGCACAAUCGAGUCGCUCGGGAGCACAGUGCCAGUAGCAUGCAGAGGACUGCACUGGCUUCGGUUGCAACUCAAACCCGACGAAGAGUGACUAUGGACAUGAGUAUGUCCUCCUGCUCCUCCUCGUCUGCUGGGCAAGCAUGUCAACGACGCGUGUCAAUGGAUCUGAAGAAGUCAGUCUUCGCCAGAAACAAUCCAGGUCGUGUGGAACACCAGCACCAGAGUGCCAUGAAGGGGACUGCACUGACUUUCGUUGCAAAUCAAACUCGCCGCCGAGUCACUAUGGAUGUGAGUAUGUCCUCCUCCUCGUCGUCGUCUGCUGGGCAUAUGAGUCGACGUCGUGUGUCAAUGGAUCUGAAGAAGUCAGUCCUCCCCCGAAACAAUCCAGGUCGUUUUGUUGACCGGGAAGGUAACACAGAAUGCCCACGUUCCCAACUAGCUCGCACUGCCUGA